CAGACAUAUGCGCGCAUGCUCUUUGUCAGGGGGAGUGAGAGGAGCAUGAAUGGAGCAAAAUGGCGGAUCAUGUGCAGAGCCUAGCCCAGCUAGAGAUCCUGUGCAAACAGCUGUAUGAGACCACAGACACGAGUACGCGGCUGCAGGCGGAGAAGGCCUUGGUGGAGUUCACGAACAGCCCUGACUGUCUGAGUAAAUGUCAGCUCCUGCUGGAGAGAGGAAGUUCGUCUUAUUCGCAGUUGCUGGCUGCCACAUGUCUCUCCAAGUUGGUGUCUCGCACCAGUAACCCCCUCCCCCUGGAACAGCGCAUCGAUAUCCGAAACUAUGUUCUGAACUACCUGGCGACCCGGCCGAAGCUGGCGGCAUUUGUGACGCAGGCCCUGAUCCAGCUCUACGCCAGAAUCACCAAGCUCGGCUGGUUCGACUGCCAGAAGGAAGAUUACGUCUUCAGGAACGUCAUAGCCGAUGUCACCAGGUUCCUGCAGGACAGUGUUGAGCACUGCAUCAUAGGAGUAACGAUCCUCUCCCAGUUAACCAAUGAGAUUAAUCAAGUAAGUGCCUCUCUGCUGCUUUGGGAUGCGGACACAACGCAUCCGCUAACGAAACACAGGAAGAUUGCGUCGUCCUUCAGAGAUUCUUCUCUUUUUGACAUUUUCACACUUUCCUGCAAUCUCCUCAAACAGGCGUCUGGGAAGAACUUGAACUUGAACGAUGAGAGUCAGCACGGCUUGCUCAUGCAGCUGCUGAAACUGGCGCACAACUGUCUGAACUUUGACUUCAUCGGCACCUCCACCGACGAGUCCUCAGACGACCUGUGCACCGUCCAGAUCCCCACCAGCUGGAGAUCAGCGUUUCUGGAUUCCUCGACCCUCCAGCUGUUUUUCGAUCUCUAUCAUUCCAUCCCGCCCUCCCUUUCUCCUUUGGUUUUGUCUUGCUUAGUUCAGAUAGCGUCUGUCCGGAGGUCUCUGUUCAACAACGCAGAGAGGGCAAAGUUUCUCUCGCAUUUAGUCGACGGGGUGAAAAGGAUAUUGGAAAACCCACAAAGUUUAUCAGACCCAAAUAAUUACCAUGAGUUCUGUCGGCUGCUGGCACGGCUGAAGAGUAACUAUCAGCUGGGGGAGCUGGUUAAAGUGGAGAACUACCCUGAGGUUAUCAGACUGAUCGCCAACUUCACCGUCACCAGUCUGCAGCACUGGGAGUUCGCUCCAAACAGCGUGCACUAUCUGCUCAGCCUGUGGCAGCGACUGGCCGCGUCUGUUCCCUACGUCAAGGCCACGGAGCCGCACAUGCUGGAGACCUACACGCCCGAGGUCACCAAGGCUUACAUCACCUCCCGCCUCGAGUCUGUCCACAUCAUCCUCAGAGAUGGGCUGGAGGACCCCCUGGACGAUGCUGGUUUGGUUCAGCAGCAGCUGGACCAGUUAUCCACCAUCGGCCGCUGUGAGUACGAGAAGACCUGCGCCCUGCUGGUCCAGCUUUUCGACCAGUCUGCCCAGUCCUACCAGGAACUGCUCCAGUCCACCAACUCCAGUACCAUGGACAUCGCCGUGCAGGAGGGCCGACUGACCUGGCUGGUGUACAUCAUCGGCGCUGUGAUUGGCGGGCGCGUGUCCUUUGCCAGUACAGACGAACAGGAUGCCAUGGACGGAGAGCUGGUGUGUCGAGUCCUCCAGUUGAUGAACCUGACGGACUCACGCCUGGCACAGGCCGGCAACGAGAAGCUGGAACUGGCCAUGCUCAGUUUUUUUGAGCAGUUUCGUAAAAUCUACAUCGGAGAUCAGGUGCAAAAAUCAUCAAAGUUAUACCGCCGUCUGUCUGAAGUCCUGGGGCUGAAUGAUGAGACGAUGGUACUCAGCGUUUUCAUUGGGAAAAUAAUCACCAAUCUGAAAUACUGGGGACAGUGUGAACCAAUCACGUCGAAGACACUACAGCUCCUGAACGACCUGUCCAUCGGAUAUAGCAGUGUAAGGAAGCUGGUGAAGCUAAGCGCGGUCCAGUUCAUGUUGAAUAACCACACGAGUGAGCACUUUUCUUUCCUCGGAGUGAACAACCAGUCCAACCUCAGCGACAUGAGGUGUCGGACCACUUUCUACACGGCGCUGGGUCGACUGCUCAUGGUGGACCUGGGUGAGGAUGAGGAUCAGUUCGAGCAGUUCAUGCUUCCUCUGACUGCUGCGUUCGAGGCCGUGGCUCAGAUGUUCAGCACAAACACCCUGAACGAACAGGAAGCCAAAAGGACGCUGGUUGGCCUGGUGAGAGACCUCAGAGGAAUUGCCUUCGCUUUCAAUGCAAAAACCAGUUUCAUGAUGCUGUUUGACUGGAUAUACCCGUCUUACAUGCCCAUCCUACAGCGAGCCAUAGAGCUCUGGUACCAUGUGCCCGCCUGCACUACGCCGGUGCUCAAACUAAUGGCAGAACUGGUCCACAACAGGUCGCAGAGAUUACAGUUCGAUGUGUCAUCACCAAAUGGGAUCCUGCUCUUCAGAGAAACAAGCAAGAUGAUCACGACCUAUGGGAACCGGGUCCUGACCCUGGGGGAGGUGCCGAAGGACCAGGUCUAUGCACUCAAACUGAAGGGAAUCUCCAUCUGCUUCUCCAUGCUCAAGGCCGUGCUCAGCGGGAACUACGUCAACUUCGGCGUCUUCCGUCUCUAUGGCGACGACGCCCUGGACAACGCCUUACAGACCUUCAUCAAACUCCUCUUGUCCAUUCCUCACAGCGACCUGCUGGAUUAUCCUAAACUCAGCCAGUCUUACUACUCUCUGUUGGAGGUGCUCACUCAAGACCAUAUGAAUUUCAUCGCCAGCCUGGAGCCUCAUGUGGUCAUGUACAUCCUGUCCUCCAUAUCUGAGGGACUGACUGCACUGGACACCAUGGUGUGUACAGGCUGCUGUUCCAGCCUGGACCACAUUGUGACCUACCUGUUCAAGCAGCUGUCACGCAGCACCAAGAAACGGACCGCGCCCAUGUCGCAGGAGAGCGACCGCUUCCUGCACAUCAUGCAGCAGCAUCCGGAGAUGAUCCAGCAGAUGCUGUCCACCGUGCUGAAUAUAAUUAUAUUCGAGGACUGUCGGAACCAGUGGUCCAUGUCCCGGCCUUUACUCGGCCUGAUCCUGCUCAAUGAAAAGUAUUUUGCAGACUUGAGGAACAGCAUUGUGAACAGUCAGCCUCCGGAGAAACAGCAGGCUAUGCACUUGUGUUUUGAGAACCUGAUGGAGGGGAUAGAGCGUAACUUACUGACCAAAAACAGAGACAGGUUCACGCAAAAUCUUUCAGUAUUCCGAAGAGAAGUCAAUGACUCCAUGAAGAAUUCCACGUACGGGAUAAACAGCAACGACAUGAUGAGCUGACAUUCCACAGAGCGGCAGACCACGUCUGCUUCCCCUCGACACCCCCCCCCCCCCCCGCCUCCCCCUACUCCGCCCGGCCCGGAGGCUGCGCCAGCCCGCGCCUCCCGUCUCCCGCACCCCAUGCCCACCUCCACACGCCCUCACAGGCUUCCCUCUGCCCCCUCGCCCAUUUUUAUACAUACACAUAUAAAUAUAUACAUAUUUUAAUGCCAGUUUCCAGAGCGCCAGUCUUCUGACUGCACGGCGUGUGUGCCCGGAACCAGCGCCCAGGGGGCGGGAGGGACAGCGGCCCGAGGCAGGGUCGGGGGUGUCGGAAGGCACCGGCACGGACUUUAGAGCGGACGGCGUUCUUCCAGCUGGGUGGAGCGCCGGGUGGAGGAGGUGGGAGUUUGGGGGAGGGGUAGAGGGCGGGGCAUAGGGCCAGGGGCUGGUGUUUGUAGUGCUCUGCUUCUGCCUGCCUUGUAUAGAAACACAAGAAAAAAAAAAAAAGUGUACAUUUUUUUUCAUAACAUUUUCAACAAUGUUUAUAAUGAUUCAAUUUAAAGAAAAAAAAACAAACAAACAAAAAAAAAACAAAAACAAAAUGAGAAAAUGGGUGUGAUUGACAUUUUUACAGUCUAGUAAGUUAGUGCAACUGUGCUGAAGUUUGGGUUUGACUGUAUGGGAAGAUGAAAAAGAGAAACCUUUAUCCAGGUGUCAGUGGGGAUGUUGGGGAGAGUGUUGUGAGGAGCGGAGAAGAGAGGACCACAUGU